CAAAACAUUCUUAACACAGCCAUGAGAGAGACCACUGAGGGAUACAGGCCAUUCGCAGCACAGCUGUCCAAUGUUUACCUUACCAUCCUAGCCCUUUUCUGCUUUAAACUUUUUGUUAGAAUUACCCUUAAUCUACUCACGCACUUCUACAUCAUCAAAGGCAACCAUAAGGAGGCUGCCCGGAUUUCAGCUGAGUUCUAUGAUAAUGGUCAAGGGCAUGGGUCUUGGGCUGACCGCUCUGCUCUUCAUGAUGCUGCCAGCCAAGGACGUUUGCUGGCUCUCAAGACCCUUAUUGCACAGGGCCACAGCGUGAAUGUGCUGACAAUAGACCACGUUAGCCCUCUUCAUGAGGCGUGCAUAGGGGGCCAUGUUAACUGUGCCAGAGCCCUGAUAGAUGCUGGAGCCAACGUUAAUGUGACAACUAUAGAUGGAGUGACGCCAUUGUUUAAUUCCUGCUCAGCUGGCAGUUUGGAAUGUCUAGAGCUGCUCUUGCAGUGUGACGCCAGACCACAGGCCCUGGCUAUAUGCCAGCCUUCACCUAUCCAUGAGGCAGUCAGCAGGGGUCACAGUAAGUGUGUGGAGGCACUGAUUGCGUGGGCUGUUGAUGUGGACUAUGAAAUCCCUCACAUGGGCACUCCUCUCUACAGUGCUUGUCGAUGUAAGGAGUUCUUUUGUGCCCGCAAGCUGCUUGAUGGAGGUGCAAAUGUGCAGAGAGGUGCACAUUUGGAGACUCCUCUUCAUGCAGCAGCCCAUAAAGACUGUACAAGCAUAGUGAAGCUCCUGCUGGAAUUUGGGGCAGAUGUAAAUGCACGCAACCUGGAGUAUAAGCGUCCCGCAGAGGUUGCUCCUCCAGGGAGCCUUACAGAAGGAUUCCUAUUGAUUUAUGAAGCGACGCCCCGUUCUCUGCGUCAGCUCUGCCGUCAGCGAAUCAGGGAGAGUUUGGGACGUUCCCGACUGCAUCUUCUUUCACAUUUGCCCCUCCCCAAAGCUAUGAAGAACUUUCUACAAUAUAGAUAACAUCAUUAUGUUUGCUGGCAGGCUAUCUUAGUAUUAUUAACUUAUAGUUUGACUUAGUAUAACUAAUCAUUUUAAAUAAUAAAAUCAGUUUUACAUUUAUCCAUUUAACAAUAAUAAUUGUCUCCCAUUUCUGUGGCCUGAUUUACCAUUGGCCACUGAUGUCUUUUGGUCUAUAAAUAAACUUGUGAAUGGUACCCCAUUUUGAUUAUAUU